AUGCGGUUUGUGUUGUUGAUAUUGUUGGUGGCCGAGGCACAUGGAGCUAGUCGCAGCUUCGAUAAAAUUGUUGAAGCCGCAAUGGAUGUGCUGAAAGAGGCGAAACUUGGGCAGACCAUUCGUGAAUGUAGUUGUGAUGAAGAUGCUGAAUGCGUUAAGAAAAUGGAAGGGCAGGUGGUUGAAUGUGCUGAUGGAUGUUGGACAGUGUUUUCGCAGAUCACAUCAAAUCCGCAGUCUUUGCAUUCAUGCAUCACGACCAAAAUGCCAGUGAUUGGUAACUUUAUCAAGUGUAUCAGCAAUAAUCUUGACAGUUGUGUCAAUACACGGGAAGGACCACAAAUCCCAAAGGUUGACCUACGGAGGAUGUUCAACGUGGGCGAACAACGUAUUAUCUCUGCUCGCGCCGAAAUGAUCAGUAAUGCUUCGCUUUCAGGCCUACGACCCAUUGCCGAAUCGGCAAUGAAGUUCGGCGGCUGUGUUAAGAAAUGUUUUGUUGACGAGAAGAAUAGCGGUGGAUUCUGUUACGAAGGAAAAAGCUGUCAACCUCUUAUAACUGAAGAAAACCUGCGCAAUUCGCUAAAAAGGUGCAUUGGAGCUUCGAGCUGGAAGAGCCACGCAGCCGAUCUGUGUGAAUGCGCUACAAAAGCUGGUGUUGAGUAA